GAAAAUACUGAAGCUAUAAAACCAACUGAAAAAGUUGAUGACUUUUUGCUGUCACUGUUUAAGGCACUGGACAGGCAGAAAUCUAAAGAUGAUCGAAAAAUAGUGGAAAAAAAAUCAGAGCCCAGAAGAAGAUACUUUAAUACAUUUAAAAAAAAAUGGACUUCUUCAAAUUGAUAUCUUCUUGUGGAUACUAUGGCUCUCAACAAAAAAUAUACCCACUUGGAAAGCUUAUGAGAUUUUAAACAUUGUAUAGAUAAAAAAUAAUUCAUCGUAUGUCACCAUCUUUGCUGCCGUCAUAAUUAGCAGUAACUACAAAAUAAUUUGUAAAUUUUAUGAUUUUGACAAAUGUUGUCAAAGUAUGAACUUCUAAUGCUUCUAAAAAAAAAAUCGUACCUUUGCAUGUUUAAUAUUUUUGAACUACUAUUACAACAACUUUUGAGGAAUCUUGUAUUAAAUAUUCAAGUUUUUUAGAUGAGUUAACAAUUUAUAAAUGUAUUAGUAUUUUAAUAAAAUAUAAAAUACACUUGGUAAACCGCAUAUGACCUGCCGGAACGUGGGGUAGACCGCAUACAACAAGAAUACUUUAUAAUUUUCUAUAAAGGUGGUUGUUCGGAGAUUGCCUCCGACUAUGACUGAAGAAAGAUUUCUCAAUGAAGUGUCUCCUCUGCCUGAAUUCAAUUACAUGUAUUUUAUACCCGGUGAUCCACAUGCAGCACCAUUCCAUCAUUCAAGGGUGUAUAUAAAUUUUCUUAAAGAAGACGAUAUGUAUAUGUUUACUGACAAAUUUGAUGGCUACGUAUUUGUUGACGACACUGGUGACGAGUAUCCAGCUACUGUUGAACUAGCACCUUACCAGAGGAUACCAAAAAAAAAAUUAGAUAGAGAUGCAAAUUGGGGUAAGAUACACGAGAACCCAGUGUUUUUAGAGUUUAAACGUAAUUUUGAACAGAAGACUAUCGAUACCACUUUAAAAACUACACAACACUUUUUUGAAUCUGUUGAAGAUAAAUCUCAAGAACAGGACUUGAGUACACCAUUACUUGAAUAUUUAGCAAAGCAGAAUGAUAGGCAACGUGUACGAGUAAAUCAAAAGGAUGAACGUCGUAAAAAAGUAUUUAUUAGAAAACAGGAAAAAGAAGAAGUUUGGAGAAACAAAAAAGUGGAAAAAGAAAUUUUCAUUAAACCCAAACCAAUCACCAAAAGCAACAUAAUCAGUAAAAGAGUAAUUGAUGAAAAACCAGUGAAAGAUACAAUCCAAAAAAAAAUUAUUAAAAGUCAUAAAGAUGAUAUAGGAUUAACUGUUCAAAAAAACAAAUACUGUGAUGAAAGUCAUAAAGUUAAGAGUGAAGAUACAACUAAAGUCGAUGAAGUAAAAAAAAUAGAGAUUAAAAUUAAAUCGGCCAAGCUGAAUAGUUCACACAAAUGUUUUGAUAAUGAUUUAAAAGAAGAUAUUACCUCUAAACCCGAAAACAUUAAUAUAGAUAUGCCCAAAGAAGAUAAUGAUAUUAAAAAGAAAUCAGAAACAUUGAAACCAGGACAUUCAGAAAAUAAAACUAGUGUAUCAUCAAAACAUAGUAAAUGGCAUGAUGAUAAGGAAACAGUUGAAAGUGGUGAAACUGAGAACUAUAAAAAACAUCGAUCUGAUACAGAUAAAAGGUUUGCUUACAAUAAACGAGUAGAUAAUCGCCGUCAAGAAUCCAAGACUGAUCGUCGUAUUAGAAAUAAGGAUCGCCCAGCUAUAGAAAUUUAUAGGCCAGGCAUGGGCAGAUUGAGUAAGUUAAAAGCAGAGAAUGAUAGUAUUGAACCAGAAGCUCAAAAGUAACAGUUCAAAAUUGAAAUUAUACUUAACAAAAAAAUAAUGUACUAGUAUUUGAUUUUUAAGUUAUUUUUCAUAUAACUAAAUUUUGUAACAUACAUUUUUUAGUAAUAUUAAACAUUUAUGAAUCAUGGUAAAUCAUGUUCGGUUUGUUUUAUUAACUAAUGAAUAACGAGUAUUAUAUUUAGAAGUUAUGGAACAAGAGAUGGUGCAUAAGUUUUAAUUAUAAUAUUAAUUUCACAUAGUGAUGAAGAAAAAUUGAUUACAUACUUAUUAUGAAUAAGUAGUUUUAAUUGUACAACAAUAUUUUGUAUUUACUCAAAUCUAAAUUUGUAGGUUGUCCAUUAUGGUUUCAUCUUUCCUUUUUGUGUCUAGUUUGCAUCAUAUUAUGAUAUCAAUUUAUAUUAAAUUAAAUUUUGUGAUUAGGUUUCCAUCUAUUGAGAUUUGGAUAUGUUGUUUCCUGUUAUAGGCUGUACAAAUUGUAUUUAAUAAUUUUGGUUUAAUCUCAAAGCAUAAUACAAUAGUAAUAAUAAUACAUAAGUGAAUAUAAUAUUAUCCUUAAUCCUACUGUAUCUAACUAAUGUAAUUAAGUAGGUUCUAAUUGUAUAGUAUAUAGUGAUCUAUCAUUUUACUACAACUUGUUGAUUAAUUUGCUGUUGGCACAUUCAUUUUGAACAAAUCAAUAGAUGAUAUUGGAGGA